CUCCCCCACCAUCUUCUGCAUGUGUAACGCUGGCAGCCGGACCGAUGGAGACUGCGGGAAAAAUCUGGCAGCUCGCGAUGGAUUGCUAAGUGGGGAGCAGGCAUCAUUCCUAAGCCACCCACACCUCUUUCCUUUUUCUUUCUUUCUUUUUUUUCGUGGGGGGGGGGUGUCAUUUUGGAUGUUAGUGCCUUGGUCAUCAAUGCCUCUCUGAGCAGCCGUCAGCAAGAGUGCGAGCGACAGAGAGAGUGCGCGCCCGGGAGAGGAGAAAAGAAGAUGAGGAUUAUUUGCAGACAGCUUGUUUUGUUGUUUUCCGGAUUUUGGGGACUCGCCAUGGGAGCCUUUCCGAGCAGCGUGCAAAUAGGUGGUCUCUUCAUCCGAAACACAGAUCAGGAAUAUACUGCUUUUCGAUUAGCGAUUUUUCUUCAUAACACCAGCCCCAAUGCGUCGGAAGCUCCUUUCAAUUUGGUACCUCAUGUGGACAACAUUGAGACAGCCAACAGUUUUGCCGUAACAAAUGCCUUCUGUUCCCAGUAUUCUAGAGGAGUUUUUGCCAUUUUUGGACUCUAUGAUAAGAGGUCUGUGCACACCUUGACCUCCUUCUGCAGCGCCUUACACAUCUCCCUCAUCACACCCAGUUUCCCCACCGAGGGGGAGAGUCAGUUUGUGCUGCAGUUAAGACCUUCCUUGCGAGGGGCUCUCCUGAGUCUUCUGGAUCACUACGAAUGGAACUGCUUUGUCUUCCUGUACGACACGGACAGGGGAUAUUCGAUACUUCAAGCUAUUAUGGAAAAAGCAGGACAAAAUGGUUGGCAUGUCAGUGCUAUCUGUGUGGAAAACUUUAAUGAUGUCAGCUAUAGACAACUUCUGGAAGAACUGGAUAGAAGACAAGAGAAGAAAUUUGUAAUAGACUGUGAAAUAGAGAGGCUUCAAAACAUAUUAGAACAGAUUGUAAGUGUUGGGAAGCACGUGAAAGGCUACCAUUAUAUCAUUGCAAAUUUGGGGUUUAAAGAUAUUUCCCUUGAGAGAUUUAUACAUGGUGGCGCCAAUGUUACAGGAUUCCAGUUGGUAGAUUUCAACACACCUAUGGUAACCAAACUGAUGGAUCGAUGGAAGAAAUUGGAUCAGAGAGAAUAUCCAGGAUCAGAGACUCCACCAAAGUACACCUCCGCCCUGACUUAUGAUGGAGUCCUUGUGAUGGCCGAAACUUUCCGAAACCUUCGGAGGCAAAAAAUUGAUAUUUCAAGGAGAGGCAAUGCUGGGGAUUGUCUUGCAAAUCCUGCUGCUCCCUGGGGUCAGGGGAUAGACAUGGAGAGGACCCUCAAACAGGUUCGAAUUCAAGGGCUCACAGGGAAUGUUCAGUUUGACCACUACGGACGUAGAGUCAAUUACACCAUGGAUGUGUUUGAGCUGAAGAGCACAGGGCCCCGGAAGGUUGGUUACUGGAAUGAUAUGGACAAAUUGGUCUUGAUCCAAGAUGUGCCCACUCUUGGCAAUGACACAGCAGCUAUUGAAAACAGAACAGUAGUAGUGACCACGAUUAUGGAAUCCCCAUAUGUUAUGUACAAGAAGAAUCAUGAGAUGUUUGAAGGAAAUGACAAGUAUGAAGGAUACUGUGUAGAUUUGGCAUCUGAAAUUGCAAAACACAUUGGUAUCAAGUAUAAAAUUGCCAUUGUCCCUGAUGGAAAAUAUGGAGCAAGGGAUGCAGACACCAAAAUCUGGAAUGGGAUGGUAGGCGAGCUUGUUUAUGGGAAAGCAGAGAUUGCUAUUGCUCCUCUGACAAUCACUUUGGUUCGAGAGGAGGUCAUUGACUUCUCUAAGCCUUUCAUGAGUUUGGGGAUAUCUAUCAUGAUCAAAAAGCCUCAGAAAUCUAAACCAGGAGUGUUUUCCUUCUUGGAUCCUCUGGCCUAUGAGAUUUGGAUGUGCAUAGUCUUUGCCUACAUUGGAGUCAGCGUGGUCUUGUUCCUAGUUAGUAGGUUUAGCCCAUAUGAAUGGCACACAGAAGAACCAGAGGACGGAAAGGAAGGACCGAGCGACCAGCCUCCCAACGAGUUUGGCAUCUUUAACAGCCUCUGGUUUUCCCUGGGUGCUUUUAUGCAGCAAGGAUGUGACAUUUCACCCAGAUCCCUCUCAGGUCGCAUUGUUGGAGGUGUCUGGUGGUUCUUCACACUCAUCAUUAUCUCGUCUUAUACUGCCAACCUCGCGGCUUUCCUGACCGUGGAGAGAAUGGUCUCCCCCAUAGAAAGUGCCGAAGAUCUGGCCAAACAGACAGAAAUCGCCUAUGGGACUUUGGAUUCGGGGUCAACAAAGGAGUUCUUCAGAAGAUCAAAAAUAGCAGUGUAUGAAAAGAUGUGGACGUACAUGCGAUCGGCAGAGCCGUCCGUGUUCACUCGGACGACCGCGGAGGGAGUGGCUCGUGUCCGCAAAUCCAAAGGCAAAUUCGCCUUCCUUCUGGAGUCCACCAUGAACGAAUACAUUGAGCAGCGAAAACCGUGUGACACGAUGAAAGUGGGAGGCAAUCUGGAUUCCAAAGGCUACGGAGUAGCAACGCCCAAGGGUUCCUCAUUAAGAAAUGCUGUUAACCUCGCAGUUUUAAAACUGAAUGAACAAGGCCUCUUGGACAAAUUGAAAAACAAAUGGUGGUACGACAAAGGAGAAUGUGGCAGCGGGGGAGGUGACUCCAAGGACAAGACAAGUGCCCUGAGCCUGAGCAACGUAGCUGGCGUCUUCUACAUUCUGGUUGGCGGCUUGGGCUUGGCAAUGCUGGUGGCUUUGGUAGAGUUCUGUUACAAGUCCAGGGCAGAAGCGAAGAGAAUGAAGCUGACUUUUUCUGAAGCCAUACGGAACAAAGCCCGAUUAUCCAUCACGGGGAGCGUGGGAGAAAACGGCCGCGUCCUGACGCCCGACUGCCCCAAGGCCGUCCACACUGGAGCUGCCAUUAGACAGAGUUCAGGAUUGGCUGUCAUUGCAUCGGACCUACCCUAAAAACCAAAAACAUAAUUGAGUGCCUUAAUUAAACUGUCGGUGACUGAGGGAAACGCAGCCCCGAUGGACACGCCGAGCACGGGUCUUGGUGAACCACCUUUGGCCGCAGCGGGAAGGGCGUCCGUAUGCGCCCGACGGACGGACGGACGGACGGACUGACGGACGUCCGCAGCAGCAACGUGUGCAUGAGCUCAGCUCGGAAUCCCAAACUCAGAUUUUAUAUCAGGAAAAUUCACAAUUUAGGUUUUU